AUGUCUAAGCCGGUAAUUGCGAUAGCCGGUCUGGCCUCUGAAAAUUCCACAUUCACCCCUUCUCGGACUAAAGCACCUGCGUUUCAUCCUCGGAGAGGCGAUGAAGUGAUUGCGAAGUACGCCUUUUUGCAUCCAGGAACGUCGUUAGCGGAGCAGGCUGAAUGGAAGGGUGCCCUUAUCGGACAUGCGCUGCCAGGCGGAAUCAUUGAGCGAGAUGCCUUCGAGGAGCUCGCAGGUGAGCUAGUCGAGCGGCUCACCGUCAUUGCUUCGGAGAGCAAGCUUGACGGGCUAUGGUUCGAUAUCCACGGGGCCAUGACUGUGGACGGAAUGCAAGACAUCGAGGCCGAGCUGCUUCGGAGAGUGAGGAAAGUGAUCGGUCCGACUGUGGUCGUGUCGGCGUCUAUGGACCUUCAUGGUAAUGUUUCCAGAGAACUGGCCCAUCAGACGGAUCUUAUCACGUGCUAUCGGAUGGCACCGCACGAAGACGCUCUUGAUACUAAAGAGCGAGCGUGCCGUAAUCUCGUGGAUGUCUUGAAGAAGCACUCUGAUGGUGCUUCUCAUCUUCCGAUCAAGGCUUGGAUUCCUCUACCGGUACUGCUCCCAGGCGAGCAGACCUCCACGCGAGUCGAGCCCGCCAAACAUAUAUACGCAGCUGUGCCUGACGUCGAAGCCGAGGAUGGCGUACUUGAUGCGGCGGUUUGGGUUGGAUACGCUUGGGCUGAUGAGUGGCGAAAUAGAGCCAUUGUGAUGGUUACCGGCUGGGAAGAAGAGCAGGUCAAGAAAGGCGCUGGAAAAUUAGCUCAGUCAUUCUGGAAUUCGCACGAAGACUUCAGCUUCGUGGCGCCCACAGGGUCCUUUCGAGAGUGUCUGGAUACCGCCCUGGCAUCCUCUAAGCGUCCGUACUUUAUCUCCGACUCGGGUGACAACCCAACGGCAGGAGGCUCCGGAGAUAUGACAUGGGGCUUGACCAAACUGUUGGAAUGUCCUGAAUUCAAAGAACAAACCGGGCCGACCGUCAUCUACGCCAGCGUACCCGGCCCAAAGGCAGUCGAAACUGCCGUUCUGGCUGGGCUGGGGGCCACGGUGACGGUGACGGCUGGAGCUGAGGUGGAUAAUAUCCAUUCUGGGCCAAUAACGAUGACCGGUAAGGUGCAUGCCAUUAAGCACGGUGAUCAGCAUGCAGUCAUUGAGGUCGUGCUUCAGGUGGGCAGCGUCUAUGCAAUCCUUACCAAGCUGCGGAAACCGUACCAUAAAGAACAUGACUUCACCGACCUGAACCUCAAGCCACGCUCGGCGGACAUUGUGAUUGUGAAGAUCGGGUAUUUGGAACCUGAGUUGUUCAACAUGGCUGUCGGCUGGAUGAUGGCUCUGACUCCGGGCGGCGUGGAUCAAGACCUGGAAAGGCUCGGACAUAACAAGAUUCGACGACCGAUGUGGCCCUUCGACAAGGACUUCACACCGCCGCCAGAUCUGACAGCGCGGAUCAUCCCAAUGUCAUACCAGCCUCUGACGGGGCCAGACGACUGA